UUCUGUCAGCUUCUAGUGGGUUAAACCUAAGUACACGUAUUAUAUAUACUGUAGUAUAUCUUUUACACAGAGCGGUGUAGGCAGAUUCUGUCAGUUUAAUGCGUGUAUAAAUUGUUAGAUUGUUACGUAUCUGUUGCUGGAAACAGAAGGGAAACAGAAGGGCGGUCCUUGUAUCCGUAACACUUUCGGUUUCAUAACCCGUCUGAUAAAACCGGCAGAGACGAGGCAGAAAGACAGAGAAACAUAAAGCAACGUUUUCCAGUCCGUGAAGUCUACAUUGUCGAAGUUUUGGUCUUUAACUACAUCGUUUCAGUUAUUUUGCGUGAUUUAAUUACGAGUAGCUUACAUUUCAAUAAGCAGUCCUUCCUGCAAACCCACAGCAUCUUACACUAACAAGCCCUCACCAUGAAGCCGCUGGCAGCGCUGGCGUGUCUCCCUCUGCUGGACGUGGCCGUUACUCACGCCCUGCGGCUCGGGCUGACCCGGGUUCCAGUGCCAGAGCUGCAGCUCCCUCUGUGGAGCCUGUGGGUGACGGGUGUGCUGCGAGCCGCCGUGCUGAGCCUGUCCUUCUGUCACACUGUCCGCAGGGCGCCGCAGUGCCCGGCCUGGCUGCUGAGCAGCGAUGCCCUGCAGAGCGUGCUGCUCCUGAGCUUGCUCCUACCCUGCUACGCCACGCUGCGGGCUGGGAGUGGAGGCGGGGCACAGGAGCUCCUGUGGGGCUGGCACCGUCCGAGCGCCCUGGCGCUGGGGUACGGAGUGACCGCUGCGACGGCUGUGCUGUGGCAGCGCUACGCACCCUCCCCGUCCGAACCCGGAUCGCAGAAGAGAAACGGGGCGUCGCUCAGGAGGCUGGCGGAGCAGAUGAGCCCCGACGCCAGGCACUUCGCAGUGGUUGGGUUUUUCCUGGUGGUGUCAUCUCUGGGUGAGAUGGCUAUUCCUUACUACACAGGGAGGAUGACAGACUGGAUUAUGAACGAAGAAGAGCCAGAAGCUUUCAAUAACGCCAUCACUGCCAUGGCCCUGAUCACCAUCGGGAGUGCUGUGUCGGAGUUUGUGUGUGACCUCAUCUACAACAUCACAAUGAGCCGGAUUCACCUGAGAAUCCAGAGCCGGGUCUUCAGGUCAGUGUUACGGCAGGACGUUGCCUUCUUCGACACGGCGCACACUGGUGACAUCACUUCCCGCAUCACGACGGACACGAACACGAUGAGCGAGUCUCUGAGUGAGAAGCUCAGCCUGCUCAUGUGGUAUUUCAUGAGGGUGCUGUGUCUGUUCGGCUUCAUGCUCAGACUGUCCUGGAAACUCUCCCUGUUCACUGCCAUCGGCCUGCCCAUCAUCUGGGUCAUUCCAGAACUGACCGGGAAAUUCUACCAGAACCUGUCAGUCAGAGUGCAGGAGUCUUUGGCGAAGGCAAAUGCUGUUGCCAUGGAGACGUUCUCAUCGAUGAAGACAGUGCGCAGCUUUGCUAACGAGGAGGGCGAGGCAGAGCGAUACCGAGACAAACUGGAGGAGACGUACCGGCUCAACAAGAUAGAGGCUGCUGCCUACGCUGCCUCCUCCUGGACAAACAGUCUCUCCAGCCUGGCUCUGAAGGUCUCUAUCCUGUAUUACGGAGGGAUGCUGGUGACCUCAGGGGAUGUGAGCAGUGGAGAUCUGGUGUCCUUCGUCCUGUAUGAGCUGCAGUUCUCCUCCGCUAUGGAGGUGCUGCUCUCGUACUAUCCCCACGUGAAGAAGGCGAUCGGUGCCUCGGAGAAGAUCUUCGAGUACAUGGACCGCGAGCCGGAGAUGACAGCGGGGACCCUCGCACCUGAGACCCUGAGGGGACACGUGGAGUUCAGGAACGUCAGCUUCGCCUACCCCCGCAGACCCGACACCGCCGUGCUCAAGAGUGUCUCGUUUGAGCUGCGCCCCGGUGAGAUCACAGCUCUGGUGGGCCCCUCUGGUGGAGGGAAGUCGACAUGUGUGUGUCUGCUGGAGCGCUUCUACCAGCCCCAGAGUGGAGAGAUCCUGCUGGACGGGGCUCCCCUUCAAGAAUACCAGCACUCGUACCUGCACAGGAAGGUAACGCACUCACACUCACACUGCACUCACACUACCAGCACUCACACUGCACUCACACUACCGGCACUC